AUGGACUUCGAGGAUAUCGAUGAUAUCGAGGACAUUGAGGACAUCCAGAAUGAACAUCCAGAAAUAUCAAGGCGAUACAUUCGAGACGGGAGUGAUCCGUUUGAUUGUUUUGACAAGAAUUUUGAGGAAGAAUUCCGUAGACGCUACCGUUUCACGAAAGACUCUGUUUUAAAUGGAAUUUUGCCUAAAAUUGAAGCAGGGCUACAUAAAAGUAAUAAUCGCGGUUUACCGAUCCCUCCUGCGAUGCAGCUCUUAAUUUGUUUGCGGUAUUAUGCUACUGCAAGUUUUCAACUUAUUCUGGGAGACACGAUGAAUGUUUCUCAGCCCACAAUCUCCCGCAUAGUAUUUAGGGUGAGUUCACUAAUAGGCAGUCUGAUGACGGAGUAUAUUAAGUUUCCCAGGGAUCCGGACAAUUCCACUUAAAAUCGCAGGUUAUUCAAUAAGCUGGGACACGGAAACGGAGCUAUUGGUUUACCAGGUGUGGAUGGCGCUAUUGAUUUCACCCACAUUAGAUUAACAGCAUCCAGAUUCAAUAACAUGGAAGAAAUGUACCGGAAUAGAAAAGGAUAUUUUUCAUUGAAUGUUCAGGCUGUCGUGGGUCCUAGUAUGGAAUUUUUGGAUAUCGUACCAGAGUGGCCUGGCAGUGCUCAUGAUAGCAGAAUUUUUCGUACAUCCCGAUUACACUUGCGAUAUGUGACGAGAGAAUUAGAUGGAAUCCUUGUCGGGGAUGGUGGAUAUCCAUGUCUGCCUUUUCUCAUGACACCCCUGCGGAAUCCCCAGACUGAAGAAGAAAUAAGGUACAAUGAAAUCCAGAUCAGGACCCGACAAAUAGUAGAGAGAACGUUCGGUGUUUGGAAGCGCCGUUUUCCAUGUCUGUCAAGGGGUCUAACAACGAAGCUAUUAUGUUCCACAACAACGGUAGUUGCAUGUGCUGUGUUGCACAAUUUAGCCUUCAUUUUCAAUGACACUCUUGUUCAAUAAGAUGAAAUUGAAAUCGAAAAUGAAGAUGGAGAAGCAUUAUUGGGAAACAUGGAACAUGAUAAUGGCAUAUGGAGUAACAUGGAAGCUGCGCAACGAUGCGUGAUAACGAGGGAGAGACAAUCUCGAUUGGCAGAAAUCAACCCAGAAAUAGCAGAGAUCGUGCCAUUGUUAAUGCAGAAUGCGCUAAGUAUUUUAUCCUCUAAUUACACAGAGGAAGAGUUGGCAAACAAACGUGAUGCCAUAUUCCAUGAGGAAUACAUUUUGGACGAUGUUGAAGUGGAUGAUAAUCCAAUUUGUAUAAACAUCAGUCAGAAAAGUACAACCAUUACAACAGAAAUUAAUGAUGAGGACCAUGAAGAAGGUCAUUGUGAUAUUGGUAAUCAUUCCCCAGAAUACCAAAAGGAUGAAAUUGAUCAAACCCGCGAACGGCAGGAGAUACCGCCGACACCACCGACGGCGACACCCGGGGCCGCGGCCGGCGGCCCACCGACCACGGCAUAA